UAAUGCAGGUUGGAAAUCUGACAAAGUCAACGAAACACGGGCAGAGAUGCAAGCGACAGGGAGGGUCGGAGCGUAACUGGAUAACAAACGUAGUCGCUGUGUGCUCACACAUAUGCCAACACAGAUAGAUAUUCGCUUGGUUGAAGUUGCUUCUGUAAGGCUUGAAAUUGUUCAACUUGUUCAAGAAGCGUUGACGUGCCUUCUCAAGCGUUGCUCUUUUGUUUUUCUGUCUUUAUGAAUCCAGCUCCACUCCGCUUGAAGAUGAAUUCAUUAGGAAGUUCUUCCAAAUGGCCAUCUUAUGACUCGCUACCCUCCACCUCGAGCUUUGUUCUCAGUGAGAGUGACCAGACUGAGGAUGAAACGGACUUCUUCUCAGAGGGAGAGGGAGACAGUGGAAGAAGAAAGUCCCUGUCAGUUGACGAAGGAAUCACAUUCUCUGAAAACUAUCUUGAUUUUCCAGCUCAUUCAGAUCAGCUGAAUUUGAGGUCUAAGAGCGACCAGUCUAAACACUGCCCUGAUGAAAUUAAGCAUCCCAACACUGCCUCUUCUCCUGGAGCUGCCACAUUUGUAUCAUCAUCAGCGACACCAGGGGACCUGGCCUUUGCACAGAAAUGUGCAGAUUUGCACAGGUUUAUCCGUCCUUUGCUUGAGCUUCUACAUGGACUAAAGACAGGGCGAUUUGACAAAGGUUUAACUAGUUUCCAGCAGAGCGUUGCCAUCGAUAGAUUGCAGAGGAUUCUUGGAAUUCUACAGAAGCCUGAAAUGGGUGAGAAAUACCUUCAAAAUCUGCUGCAGAUAGAGAUGAUGCUAAAAAUGUGGUUCCCUCAGGUGGCAUUUCAGUCCAUAGAUACACCAAAACAAACCAUCACUCCCCAACUUCGACCACACUGGUGCCAAAGUCAACUCCACAUGCCAGUUAAGAAGAGAAAACUGAGCUGGUCAAAUCCUCACCAUGCUGGCAAUGUCCCAACCAAGCAUAAGCACCGUCAACAAGAAAAACAUGGGAGCUGCCAUGAUUCAACUUCAUUUGAGAGUGUUUCCACACGUCUAUCUGGAUCACCUAAAAAAAUGAGAACUCCAGAGGAAGAAACAGUUGGUCCAGCUGGGUGCAGCUGUAAAACUGGACGUGAGUUUACAGACAGCACUGGCACUUUAAGCAGUCCGACAUAUUUAUGUAGCAAGAGACAAAAGCAGGCUGAGAUUUCCCCGCCCUCCCCUCAUGGAAGCCCAGCUACACAAGACAGUUCAGUGUCCUCCAGCGAGACCGUUACUACAAAUGACUCACCUUAGCUGGCCUUAGAUGACCUUGCUACCACAUGGAGGUGACACAGCAUGCCAGCCAGAGUGAAGGCAGAGGGCAGACUUGAUUACAUAAGCAUAAAGUUAGGUGCAGAGCCAGUCUGUGAUGGCUUCAAGCCACUUUAGACCAGAAGAGGAGGAGGAGAAAUCCAGAUAGACUCUCUUUUACCCCUAACUAUCCAAUGUCUUUUUGAUAACACCAGAGUUAUUGCACUAUACUACAAGGAAUUAUAUAUUGUUUGUCUGUAAGAGUAUGACUGUUGUCUACAUUGACUUUUACUAAGUUAAAAGAUGUUGAAAAUCCUUUCAAGUGUGAUGUGUUAAAGCGGUCUGUGCUCUAUUUUGUAUUUUUUCAUACCAUGGAACGCAGCGCUAAGUAUAAGAUUUCAUACCAUUCGUGAAAAACAGCAAUAGCAGAUAUCACUUUCACUUUCACUCAAGUGAGCAAACACAGACCGCUGGUACAGUUUUAAACUGAAACAAUUAGUCAGUUGUCUUUAAAUUAAUUUUUAUAAAACAAAAAUGAAUUUACUUGUUUCAGCUUCUUAUAUCUGAUGAUUUUUUUUUUCUCUUUUCUCUCUUUGUCACAUAUGAUAGUAAACUGACUGACUGAAUCGGUUUUACUUGUUAUAAGCAUGUUUCACUAUUUUGUUAUAUUUUACAGACCAAACAAUGAAAAGACGAAUGGA